GGAGACUGAAGGAUCGACAGGACUUGUGAGGAGAGUCUCGGGUAGUCAUGAGUCCAUUAACCAACGUAGAAUGUCUUUUACUCGCACAAGCAGUGUACGAGUACGGCGCAAAUGCUUGGCAGCAAGUCUCAAAGCUACUCUCAAAGCAUCCCAUAACUUCUCGUCCAAAAACUUUCUUUUCCGCUAAUUCUUGUCGCGAUAUAUAUGCUCGCCUGAUGAAUGAUGCUCAGCUUGAGUGCACCGAGUCUGACCCGAAUGCUCCACAUGCUCUUGUGAAUCUCAAGCUUGCCCAGAAGUUCUAUACUGCACGUCUCCUGGAGUUGCGUGACUUGAUUGCAGCAGAGGAAGUCAAGUUCAAAUCUAUCGUUGCAGAAAUUCAAGAUAUUCGGGCUGGAAAAUGGGACGAUAAGAUUCGUGCCAAGCUCUCUGGGACAGAAUUCGAGCACGAGGCAGAACACAAUACUGCACCUACACAGAGUGAAACAGUCGUCGAAUUCGAGGUCAUCCAGGAGCAAGAACGUGAACCUACCCCCCACCCAGAAGAAGUGGAAGAAGAACCAGUCCCUGUGCAGGAACCCGAGAACACUGAACCUGAUCAAACCCCCGAACCAGUCCCUGUGGAAACAGAAUCCUCUCACCCGCCACAAACCGAGGAACACGAGCCUGAGAAUGAAAAUGAUGAGCAGCCAAUCGAACUCGACGAACCCGUAGCCUCAACCCACGAGGACGAAACAGAACAGUCUGAAUGGGAGCAACAACCCACGUCCCCAGACGAUGAAGCAACUGAGAUAGAGGCAAUAUUGACACCUGGCGCCCCAGAGGGGUCUGUUGAGGAAGAAGCUAGCCAACAGUCACCCGAACACGAUGAGGAGUCACCUGUCCAUGAGGAAGAGACACUCGAACGUGACGAGGAGGAGGCGUGCCACGUACAUGACACCGAACACUCCCAUACUGAACCAGAGCAAGAGACAUCUAUAGAAGUCGAUGCGGAGCAGAACUUAUCUGUUGAUACAGAGACAAGUUCACAAGCCAAACGCAAGGUGGACGAAGUGGAAGUUGACGAUAGUGAAGGCACUGAAGAGCCCAACAAGAAACGUUUACGUGAGGAGAGCUCGCCUCCUACACCAGGAGAGGAGGAACAAGUCACCACACGUCCCCGGGGCGACACAACAAGCAGCGAGCAACGCCCUUCCACACCCCUCCAAUCUGGUCCAUCCGGCUCCACCGCCCAAUCCACAACUCAAACUCAACCCAUUGCUAACAAGCGCUUCCAGGCUGUCAUCAACCUCCUACAUUCUCAAAUCUCACAACACCGUAACGGUAAUAUCUUUCACAAUCCUAUCAAACCGACCGAAGCGCCCGAUUACCACGAUAUCAUCAAGCGCCCCAUGGACUUGAAGACUAUCAAAGCAAGGAUCAAAGAUGGAGUUAUCAGGACCUCAAGAGAUUUUCAGAGGGAUGUGUAUCUAAUGUUUGCUAAUGCGAUAAUGUAUAAUAGGCCAGGGAGUGAUAUCGCGUUGAUGGCGGAAGAGAUGAUGCUUGAGAGCGAGAAUCAUAUCAAUUCCUUCCGGCAAACAGAAGGUUACUUGCGCAAUACCCGCGCGUGAACCAAUGUUAGGGGGAGUUCGCAUGAAUAUAUGCUUUGCACUGGAGAUGGCAACGCCUCUCACGCGUUGCUCGGAUGUCAGAAAUAACCAUUGC